AGAUAAGUUAACAGAAUUAUCCAGCUCGAUGGAGGCAUUUAGACCAAUAGAAAUAUAUUUAUGAAACGAUACAGAAAUAUUAAAUUCAGUGUUAGCAGAAACACCCUGCAAAAAGUUUGCUACCAGCUCUAGUAAUUUCUUGGCUCCUCUAACCUCCAUUGACUUGAAACUCUUCUUUCCUUUCAUUUGACUUUCUUUCAUCUCCUUGAUUCUUGAAUAAAUUUGCCUAGGAUCAUCCGGGUCUUCCUUUGGCUUGUUGAUAGUUUUUGGAUCACUUCCCAAAAUAGUGAUCAUCUUGACAGCAGCUCUAAACUUGGCCAUGUUCUUUUGUAAUUUUGUAAACAUCUUUUUCUUCAUUUUACUCUGAAGAGAGAAUCCUUUGUUAGAUAUAGACUAUAUUUUAAGUAAAAGAAUUACAGUCCCUCAAUUUCCUAUUUUUGCACUAGUCUUUGACACCGAAGCGUCUUCUUCUUUGAUAAUAUGACAUUGAACUUCUUGAUGAGCUACAGAUUUAUUCCUCAAGUCAUAGAUUUCCUUCCUGAGUUCCUUAAUUUCAGCUUUCUGCCUGCUUGAAGUCUCUUUCAGUUCUUGUCACAUAUUCUUAAGUUCCUCUUUUUCAAAGUCUAAUCUCUCCAUAACAGAAUUAGCUGACAGUAUGAUUUCUUCCUUGGACUUGAUCUCUAGCUUAGCCUUGGCAAUUUCAAAUCCGUAGUCAUUGUUUUGAGUCCUGAUAGCUUCGAAUUCCUCUUCCUUCGGAGUUUUCUGCCUAAGACAUUUGAUAAAACUCUUUAUAAUCUCAAGGGAUUCUUGGGUGAUCUGAACAAGACUCUCUUUUUCAUGCUCAGGAUCUAUUUUAGCCUACAUUUUAGUAAGGAGAAGUACCUCUUCGGUGUGAACAUCACUAUAGAUAAACCUCUGGCGGUCUGAUCAAGUCUCAAAGUUAUGCAGAAAAUUAGUAAGAAUUUUAUUGUGAGUCUUCCAUCUUUCUUCAAGCCAAUUACUGUGGGGCACUUCUUUGCUGAGGAUGUCCUGGGUCGAUGCUAGGCGCUCUUCAAGUUCAAUGUUCUUGCCAUUUUGGUUAAUAAUAGUGUUUAAAUGGUUCUCAUUUAUCCUCUCGAGAUCACUUCACUUGUCAACUAUUUCCUUGAAAUCAUUGGAUAACUUGUGUAACUUCUUAUCGUAUUUUUCUACUAGUUCUUUCACAAGUGAUAGGAGUUCAAACUUGUGGAGCUCAAGGAUCUUUGAGAAGAAAUCUCCCCUCUCUUUUCAUUCAAGAGAGAGCUCUCGGAUGAUCUCUACCAUGAUCACAUGAGAAGUAGCAAGGCUAUAGUUUUUUAAAGAGAAGCC